CUGAUUUAAAAAGUAAAGUUAAGGCAUCAGAAUGCGUCAAAAAGAUCUACGCCCAGCACCUGCUCUUAUUGAGUAUAAGGGCAUGAAGUUCCUAAUCACCGAUCGACCAUCAGACAUAACAAUUAAUCACUACAUUAUGGAGCUUAAAAAGAACAAUGUUAACACUGUGGUGCGUGUUUGCGAGCCCAGCUACAACACGGAUGAGCUGGAAGCCCAAGGCAUUACUGUGAAGGAUCUAGCUUUUGAUGAUGGCACGUUCCCGCCACAACAGGUCGUUGAUGAGUGGUUCGAGGUCCUGAAGGAUAAAUACCAACAGAAUCCCGAGGCAUGCGUUGCCGUUCAUUGCGUCGCUGGUCUGGGACGUGCCCCUGUUUUGGUUGCACUGGCACUAAUCGAAUUGGGCUUGAAAUAUGAAGCGGCUGUUGAAAUGAUUAGAGAUAAACGACGCGGCGCUAUUAAUGCCAAGCAGCUGUCAUUUUUGGAGAAAUACAAGCCCAAAGCGCGGCUAAAGCACAAAAAUGGCCACAAAAAUUCAUGUUCUGUGCAAUAGAUUUCCAAAACCAUAUGUAUAUUCCCACCAGAUAAAAAGUGUUCAUUUUUUCAAACAAAAAAAAACCACAAAAAAACAUGAAAUAAUUUAUCGAAAUAAAAAAAAAACUAAA